CAUUGUCAGAAGAAUGUGGGCGCCGCCCUCGGCGGGCUGGGCGUGCAGCACCCCGCCUCGCGGCGGCUGUGCGGCGCAAGCGGGACGGCCGCAACUCUGUCUUCGUAUUAGAAUGAGAGGGCGCUUACGAGGGCGGAGCGAGCCAUCGUCGCAUCUGCCGGCGUCGCCCCUGAUCCCGCUCAUUCGUCUCUCGUUUAGCGUCUGCUAUGUAAACGGGCCUUGUUGUGAAUCUAAACAAAAUCAGUCAGUCGUCGUUUUGUUGUCGAGGGAGUAGCGUGUCGAGGGUUCCGCGUCCGCGGGUUUAACAUGCUGUGCCAGUGAUCGUGGUUCGACACGAUGCACGCUUUGUUCGGCGAACAGAGUCCGUACGCGUACCGCGGAGGGGCCGCCGGAGGCUACUCGGCCAGUGUCACCCCCUAUGCCUACGAACAAUAUCGAUACGGAUACGGUGCUCCUUACCUCCAUCCGCACCAGCAGCAUGUCGGUGCACCUAAAGACAUGGUCAAACCGCCUUAUUCCUACAUAGCACUUAUUGCGAUGGCAAUACAAAACGCGCCGGAUCGUCGUAUUACUCUCAAUGGCAUUUAUCAGUUUAUAAUGGAGCGUUUCCCUUAUUACCGUGAAAACAAACAAGGAUGGCAAAAUUCUAUAAGACAUAAUUUAAGUCUAAACGAGUGCUUCGUGAAAGUGGCUCGAGAUGACAAGAAGCCUGGUAAAGGUAGUUAUUGGACGUUAGAUCCGGACUCCUAUAACAUGUUCGACAACGGAUCAUAUUUGAGACGACGGCGUCGUUUUAAAAAGAAAGAUGCCUUGAAAGAAAAAGAGGAAGCUCUGAAGCGGCAGCAACAGCUGCAGCAGGCGCAGGAGGCGUUGGCCGCGCAAGAGGCACUAAGCGUGUCCGAUGUGACGGGGCAGGCGCGCGACGUCAAGCCCGACGUCAAGCCGCGCCUCUUCGAAUGCCGGCCCAAGCGCGAACCCGGCGCGGAUUGUGCGCGCUACGAUAAGCCGACGGACUCCCUGGAUGACUACAGCGAGCCUCGAUUACCGCCCUCCGCCGUGUACUGUUCGCCGCAGCCGUAUGCGCUGGCGGCAGAGGAGUUCCGAGCGGCCGCGUCGGGCUGGUACGCGGCGCCGGAGCCGCCCGCCGAGCAGUUGCCUCCGGCGUUCCGCGACCUCUUCGAGCCUCCGAGUUGCCAGCUGGCUGGCUUCCGGGGGUCGCCUCCUCCCGACGCUUACCGCACAUCGCCGCCGCCUCAUCACCACUACCGCGCGCCGGCGCCCUCCUACUACCAUCACCAAGCGUGCGUGGCAGCCGCACCCGCCCCCGCUCACAAGUCCUACUGAGACAUCGCAUCCAGGAGGCCGGCAUCACACGGCGCCGAACGAAUUUAGCUGCGCGUCAGUUCCAGAACGGAUAAAUAUAGCGCAGUAGCCGGAGAUGCCGCGGAGGCAAGUGGCGGCGCGUCGAUAACCACUGUUUACACGUCGGCGGCCGGCCCUGCCGCCUCCCGCUCCGUCCACACCUAU